ACCAUCUUGUCCCCGCCGCCUCCCUGUAGUCUGGUGACGUCACCCACCCGCUGACGUUUCCUGCUCCAUCAUCAGUACGGGCCGGCUAGCUGGCAGUGCUGGAAGCUGGAAUAUGGUUCCUGUGCCCGGCUGUCACCUCGCUGCCUCCAUGUGUUCCCGGACAGACACCGCCGAGAGCGGGGAGCAGCGGCUGUAGAGUGCUGGGGACAGCCAGGUGUCCUUUCUCCUGCACAGGAUCCACGUAUCGGGCUGUCCGGGGAGAGUCAUGGAGGACAAGUACAGCAGCAAUGUGAUGAGUACGGGCAGGCUGGGUCCUGUGGAUGCUCCGGAGUCCAGGCUGACCCGAUACAUUGUACUUCUCUGCUUCACCAAGUUCUUGAAGGCCCUUGGGAUCUUCGAAUCAUAUGACCUAUUAAAAGUAGUCCAUAUUGUACAGUUUAUCUUUAUAUUAAAAUUAGGGUCUGCAUUUUUUAUGGUUUUGUUUCAAAAACCAUUUUCUUCUGGGAAGACCGUUACUAGGCGACAAUGGAUCAGUGUUGUGAAGCAUGCUUUCGUUGGCUGUAUUAUCUCACUCCUGUGGUUCUUUGGCCUCACUCUUUGUGGACCAUUAAGGACUUUGCUGCUGUUUGAACACAGUGAUAUUGUGGCUAUAACAUUGCUAACGGUGCUUUUCACUGGUUCCAGCGGAGUUCCAUCCAAGACUCGGGGUGCAGCCUUUUUUAUCAUAGCUGUCAUUUGUUUACUUCUCUUUGAUAAUGAUGAUCUGAUGGCCAAAAUCGCAGAACACCCUGAAGGACACCAUGACAGUGCCCUAACACAUUUUCUAUACACAGCAUUCUCCCUCUUAGGAGUUGCUGAUCAUAAGGGAGGAGUACUUUUGCUUGUGUUGGCCUUUUGUUUCAAUAUUGGUUUCCACACAGCUUCCAGAAAGCUCUCUUUAGAUAUUGGAGGAGCCAAGCGUCUGCAGACCUUGUCUCACCUUGUCUCUGUCAUAUUACUGUGCCCGUGGGUCAUCGUCCUUGCUGCAACCACUGAGAGUAAAGUGGAGUCUUGGUCCUCUCUCAUAAUGCCUUUUAUCACUGUCAUAUUCUCUGUUGUGAUUCUGGAUUUCUAUGUGGAGUCCAUUUGCUUAGUUAAGAUGGAGGUGUCAAAGUGUGCACGCUAUGGAUAUUUCCUGAUAGUGAUCAGCGCCUUGCUGCUGGGGAAUUUCUGGACUCAUCCUAUCACAGAUCAGCUGCGAGCCAUGAAUAAGCCAGCACACCAGCCUAGCACUGAGCAUGUGCUUUCUGGAGGGGUGGUGGUCAGCUCCAUCUUCUUCUUAUUGUCUGCAAACAUUCUAUCCUCGGCAUCCAGGAAGGGCCAGAAAGGCACCCUUGUUGGUUAUUCUCCUGAAGGCACACCUCUGUACACCUUUAUGGGUGAUGCCCUGCACAGCACUUCCCCAUCUAUGCCCAGGUUUAUUAAGGAUUCACUCAAACAAAUACUCGAAGAAUAUGACUCCAGGCAGAUCUUCUAUUUCCUGUGUCUAAACAUGGCAUUCACGUUUGUGGAGCUGUUCUAUGGAGUGUGGACGAAUAGUCUAGGGCUGCUUUCUGAUGGAUUCCACAUGUUGUUUGAUUGCUCUGCUCUGGUCAUGGGACUUAUUGCUGCAUUAAUGUCUCGAUGGAAGGCGACUCGGAUCUUCUCUUAUGGGUUUGGCCGUGUGGAAAUACUGUCUGGAUUCAUUAAUGGACUCUUCCUUGUGGUGAUAGCGUUCUUUGUGUUUAUCGAGGCUAUAGCGAGAAUCCUUGAUCCUCCAGAUAUCAAUACAGAUAUGUUAACACCGGUCUCGGUUGGAGGUCUGCUGGUCAACCUUGUUGGUAUCUGUGCCUUUAGCCACGCCCACUCCCAUGGGGGAUCAAGAGGUGGAUGUUCCUCUCACGAGUCUCACGGCCACUCUCACCAUGGCCACGGGCACAGUCACGGGCAUGGACACGGCCAUUCACAUAGCGACCAUGGGCAUACUCACAAUCAUGGGCAUUCUCAUGGAUCCAGUGGAGGGAUGAAUGCCAACAUGCGUGGUGUGUUUCUCCAUGUACUGGCAGACACUCUAGGCAGUGUGGGUGUGAUAGUCUCCACCAUUCUGAUUCGGCAGUUUGGCUGGCUGAUUGCUGAUCCUCUCUGCUCACUCUUCAUUGCUAUUCUGAUAUUCGGAAGUGUCAUCCCUCUGCUGAAAGAUUCUUGCGAGGUGAUCCUCUUGCGGAUCCCUCCAGAAAUAGAGAAGGGGAUAAACAUCGCCCUGGAGAAGAUAUCGAAGAUUGAUGGUCUCAUUUCUUAUCGGGAUCCUCAUUUUUGGCGUCACUCCGCUUUAAUUAUUGCAGGGACUAUACAUGUACAAGUGAUGUCUGAUGUUGUAGAGCAGAGGAUCAUCCAACAGGUAACCGCAAUACUGAAAGACGCUGGAGUCAAUAACCUAACUGUCCAAGUGGAGAAGGAAGCCUACUUCCAGCACAUGUCUGGCCUUAGCACAGGUUUCCAAGAAGUCUUGGUCAUGACACAACAGAUGGACACCAUCAAAUAUUACAAGGACGGGACUUAUAUCAUGUGACUGGCACCUUUCCGCACAGUAUUUUUCCUGCGUUCAUCGAGGGAAACCUUCAGACUUGAACUUCAGUGUACAGAAAUGAAACGUUGUAUAAAUCUGGAUUUUAUACUUUACCUUUAUUCUUAUCUUUAUUGAGACUCAAGAAUCAAACAUGUUUUUAUACAAUGUUAUAAAAAUGACUUCUCCCAUUUAGUUCUUUAUGGGGAUCUGGAACGCAUAGGAGGUUCUAUUUUGUGUCAUCGGAUAUAAAUAUUGUUCAUGUUCUGAAUGUAAAAGUAGGACAAUAAUCUAUCAUUCCUGUUUUUUGUUUUUUUGUUCUUUUUCUAGCCCCUCCAAACAAUGGAUUUGUUCUAAAUUGUGCACAACAGAGCAGACCUUUUUAAUAUAAUUAUAAUGGGUAGGGACAUUUUAUGUGUUUCAAAUAUAUGGGAUCUAAUAUAAUUUUAUUUGGCCUUUUCUUACCUCCUUUUUUGCUUUGUUUUGCAUUA